CUUGAACCAGAUCCGGAUAGGACUGAGUCUGUUUGGAUCGAUUCCGCUCCAACUAAAUGUCGCCGCCCAUCACCAUUACGCACUGUGACGUCAACUGAAAUGACCCAUUGCCCAAUACCACUUUGCGACUUUCGUGCAUCGUCGCCAUUUUUCAAAGCAUACAUCUAGCGAAUCAAAAACAAACUUAACCAAAAGCGGAAAAUCUGGUUUCUUUCUCUGUGCAUACACAUUACACGUAGUGCAUUUGAGCAGCGAUUGUGCUAAACGUGUUCGUAAACCAGCAAAGCAUACAGUUUGUAUGUUUGCUUCGGCUCUUACAAUAAAAAACACGCUUCGAAAACAGAAAAUUCAGAUAAAGGAACUAUUACCGUGAUUACCCCGUGCGAUUUGUGGACGUACUUCUAAUUGGCCACCAGAGCUUUCCGAUCUGAAUCUUCCAGUGACGAACGAAGCUGACACAAUGUAGGCUUUGUGGAAGCAGCCCAUCAUAGGUUAGGUGGUAAAGAGUAAGUCACCAGACUCAGCGUGUAGCGUCUCAGCAGCAAACUUGUGACCACUGGGAGAAAAGUAAGCAAACAACCUCGUUCCUCUGCAAACAACCGUGCACCUACCUUUUCGGCACAAUGAUAAACGUUGGCACGGUGACGGUGGAAGCCCACUACUCAACGAACUACGUCGAAAACUAUCUCGAUUCGAUAGAAAACCUGCCGGACGAUGUGCAGCGGCAUCUGUCACGCAUACGCGAAAUCGAUGUCCUCUACCGGAGUCACCUGCGGGACGUGAAUACGUACUGCGAGCAGUGGAACCUUAACCAGGGACAAGCGUCGACCACCGCUGGCGGAACGAAACCCAACACAAACGAAGCCUCAGCACCCGCGACGCCAUCGACGGCCGAACAGAGCAACAGUCUCAAGCGAGCCACUUCCCGGAUACAGAAGAGUCUCAUCGCCGCACAGGAGCUGGGCGAUGAAAAGUUACAAAUCAUCCAACAACUGCAAGACUUGAUCGAUCAUAAAACGCGCCAACUGGAUCAGGAUUUCGUUAACCUUGGCAACGAGUUUUUCGUACGGCUUGAUUACGCCGGACGCGACGAUAAGUCGCUGGAUGUUGCUCGGGAUGGAAAUGGUACGAGUUUGAUCGGCGGCGCCGUGGGUGGUAGCAGCACGACAAGCAACGGACCGGGUCAGUACGGCAUAACGGGCAAUGGAACUGGCAACGGUCCAAACGUGUCCGGUGGCUACGGUAUGGGUGGUGCUGGCAGUAACGGGGGCAGCGGAGUAAUCGGUUCCAACUCGCAUAUCAUGCACACAAGCAAUGGAACGAGCGGCAACGGACUCGGAAGCACACUCGGAGUGGGUGGAAAUGGGUCCGGAAUGUACGGUGGCAACAAUGGCAGUGGUUCGCUGAGUAACGAGCGAAGCUCCAAACGUGCCCGAAGAACACGCAACGAACAGACCGGUGGUAGUGGCUCGGCGAAUGGUUCCAAUACGCCCAACUCGCUGUGUGGCGUUAGCGCGAUGGAGGUGGACCCGAUCGAGGAUGUUCUUGGCGGCGGUGGUGGUGGUAGUGGAGGAGGUACCGGAGCUUCGGGUGGAAGUCCCAGUAAUACAUCCGGUGGGGUAGGAAGUGGUCUGUCGGGUAGCGUAACCAUCACCAGCGUUGGCAACAGUGGACAGACGCUGGGCGGAGCAAUGAAACCGGAAUCUGGUGGCAUCGGAAGUGCUGGCAAUGGUGGCAACGGUAGCACUAGUGGAUCAGCAAGCAGCCAUAAUAGUUUAAGUGGCCAGCCGGGUACUGGCCAAACGCAGAGCUCCACAAUCGGGGGUAAUGGUACUAAAGGUGGCAAUGGCGGUGGCAACGGUGGUGCAAACAGCUCCACUACCGGUACCGGCAACACGAGUGGCAAUAAUGGCAACGGCAAUGGCGGUAGCGGCGGUGGUGGCUCAGGAAGCAGCAACUCUCAGCUGAACAGUUCCGCCAACCAGGGCACUGGCAAAAAGGGCACCGGCAGUGGCAACAGCGCAGCUGGCGGUAGCGGGGCCGGUGGUGCCAACGCCGGCAAGAAGAAAAAGCGAAAGACGGGUGGUCGAGGAUCGCAGGCAACGCGGGAAGCACGGGAAGAUACGCCAGCCGCCGAGGAAACGAUCGAUCCGGACGAACCGACUUACUGUCUGUGUGAUCAGAUUUCUUUCGGCGAAAUGAUCCUCUGUGAUAAUGAUCUCUGUCCGAUCGAGUGGUUCCACUUUAGCUGCGUUUCGCUCAUCUCCAAACCGAAGGGUCGCUGGUUCUGCCCGAACUGUCGCGGCGAUCGACCGAACGUGAUGAAACCGAAGGCACAAUUCCUCAAGGAGCUCGAACGCUACAACAAGGAGAAGGAAGAAAAAACGUAGAUCGUAUUAGAGGGAGGGGAGCGGACGGGCGGGACAGCAACGGCCAGUGCAAAAGGCACUUGCCCCUACACCACGCGUCCCUAACGCUAGCCACCCUAUUUGCUUAAGAAUGUAAAAGAUGGACAGGGCAGCGAAAGGAUUGUCGAAUGUGUUUGUUGCAGAUGUUUCGUACUAUUUCGUUUAACAGUUUAAGCUUCUCACUUCUCUAUUAUUUCGAAUCAGCGCAAAUAGUGAUGUAGUGGUUCGACCCUUUCGUUUUCUUGUAUUUUAUUUGUUUUCAUUUGUAAUUUUUUAUCGAUUUUAAUUGUGCAUUGCCCUACGUCGGUGUUCGAGAUGGUAACGGUCGUUUGGUGGCUACUUCCUUGAAGGAAGUCGUGUUUGAUCUUCGUCGUCAAGAUCUUUGAGUCUUGAUUUGAUGAGGAUAUGUGGGACUCUAAAUAGAAUUUUAGAGAAAACAAAUCGCCCUCAGCUGGCAAUCGUUCGGAGGAGUGCAGAGACAGAACCCGCCGCCGCUGCGCUGUGUACGCCAGAGCAUAAUGUGCCGCCGAAGGAAGAAUUUAAAAAUUGGAAGCACAUAAAAAAAGCCCGCGAACACUAUAUUUAUGACCAGGAAUCGAGCAGUAAGAUUUUAGCAGAAAGAGUAUUGAUAAUAAGGGAUUUUUUUUUUCUUGGAAAGUUGAUAAAGAAAGCUGAAAAACAAAUAUCAAUCGUCAGAUUAUGUGCAACAAA